GAUGGAAUUUCACCAGUAGCCGCAAACGGAAACAAAAGUCAUACAUUUAUUUAAAAAAUAAUUAUAGUUAUUUACAGAGUGUAGAAGAUAAUUAUAGAAAAUAUUGAAAAACAAAUAAAGUGGAAAAUGUCAGCUUUAAUAGAAGAAUCUAAUCGAUUAUUACCACGAAUCGUACUAAUCGCAUGUGGAUCAUUUAGUCCACCAACACCAAUGCAUUUUCGAAUGUUUGAAAUUGCCAAAGAUCAUUUUGAAAUGCAGGGUACCCACAAGGUAAUUGGUGGCAUUGUCUCGCCAACACAUGAUGCAUAUGGCAAAAAAGGUUUGGCACCGGGUAAACAUCGUUGUUCUAUGGUAAAAUUGGCAUUGCAAACUUCGCCAUGGAUACGAUUAUCAGAAUGGGAGACGCAACAGGACGGCUGGUCACGCACCCAAUCUGUGCUACAGUACCAUCAAAAUUUUAUGAAUAACUAUAUAAAUUCACCGGAUUUGGACAAUAUGAAUGGCGGAGAUAAUGUAAUACCCAGCUGGUUGCCAACCAGUCUCAGGGAACGUCGUGAUCCAGUACAAUUGAAACUGUUAUGUGGUGCUGAUUUAUUAGAAUCAUUUGCUGUGCCUGGCUUGUGGGCGGAAGAAGAUAUUGAAGACAUUAUUUCCAAUCAUGGCUUGGUAGUCAUUUCACGCAGUGGCUCAAAUCCAGAAAAAUUUAUAUUCGAUUCAGAUACUUUAACUAAAUAUCAACGUAAUAUAACAUUGGUUACCAAUUGGGUGUCGAAUGAAGUCAGUUCGACUAUGAUACGUCGUCUGAUAAGUCGUGGUCAAUCUUGCAAAUACCUUAUAGAUGACAUGGUUUUGGAAUAUAUAAAACAAUUUGGAUUAUACCAGUCAAACACUAAGUAUAUAACAUUAUUAACCCGACCCUUAAAACAAGAUAAACUCUUUAAUAUUGCUUACAUUAAUCAACAACAACAAAAUGUUAUUAUGCAAACAUCAUCAAAUGAGACAACACCUUCAGACGAUGACGAUGAUGUCGAGGAUGAUGAUGCAGAGCAUAUGGAUGAAACAGAUUAUUCUUUAGUUAAAACCAUAAUAAAUAAUAGCAAAAAUUUAGAUAAUCGUAAAACAAUGAGUGCUGCAGCCAAUGUAUUCUGUUGUGGUGAUAAAAAUGGUGCUGGUGUAAUUGGUAAAUUGUUGGGACACAAUAAUAAAAAUAAGAAAACUACUACCACUGGGCCCGGCCAGGCAGUGCAAGUGAUAACCAAUGAAUGCGGCAUUACAGAAGUUGUAUUGAAUGAUAAUGAGAUGAAAUCUAAAAAACUAAAAAUGGCUGAAAAUGUUUAAGUCCAUUAAUCAUGUAUUUUAAACAUAAAAUCGAAAUAACUUAUCGAAUUCCAAAGAUGUCUUAGGUCUGGCUUAAAAAAGGGACUGCAAAGUAAUGGCUACAAUAAACAAUUCGAAUAUCAAUUUUACUAUUAUUGUGAUUGAAUUGAAAAUACUAUAUAAUAAUAUAUAAUUGUAUUUAAACAUAUUUAUGCACUUUAAUGUGUUUUCAAAGGCGUACAACUGUUUGCUACUAUUAAUUAUUUCAAGUAUAAAGUAUCAAUAAAUGUUAAACUAAAAUAUGCAUAUAGAAAAUAA